GGCGCUCCCCCGGCUCCUGUCUCCCGGUCUCUUGAGGAGCCCGGGAAGGAGGCUCGGCUCGCGCGGCCGAGGCAGGGGCUUGCCGGGACCGGGCUGCGGCAAUCGUUAGCGGGCCAUGUCGGCUGCCCAGGGCUGGGAUCGAAACCGCCGGCGGGGAGGAGGAGGAGGCGGAGGCGGAGGCCCGGCCGGCGGGGCCAGCGGGGGUAGCGGGGUCGGCGCGGCCGGCGGGGGUCGGGGCAGCGGCCAGCUCAACCGAUUCGUGCAGCUCUCCGGACGGCCGCACCUGCCAGGUAAGAAGAAAAUACGAUGGGACCCAGUUAGGAGACGCUUCAUUCAGUCCUGUCCCAUCAUAAGGAUCCCUAACAGGUUCUUGAGAGGCCACAGACCUCCCCCAGCCCGUAGUGGACAUCGCUGUGUGGCAGAUAAUACCAAUCUCUAUGUGUUUGGAGGGUAUAACCCAGACUAUGAUGAAUCAGGAGGGCCAGAUAAUGAAGACUAUCCUCUCUUCAGGGAGCUUUGGAGGUAUCAUUUUGCAACAGGCACCUGGCACCAGAUGGGGACAGAUGGCUACAUGCCCCGGGAAUUGGCAUCUAUGUCACUUGUGCUGCAUGGAAACAACCUGCUAGUGUUUGGAGGUACAGGCAUCCCAUUUGGUGAGAGCAACGGCAAUGACGUCCAUGUCUGUAACGUGAAGUACAAGAGAUGGGCUUUACUCAGCUGUCGGGGGAAGAGACCCAGUCGUAUAUAUGGACAGGCCAUGGCCCUCAUCAAUGGUUCCCUUUAUGUCUUUGGGGGAACAACUGGCUACAUCUACAGCACAGACCUGCACAAGUUAGAUCUCAACACCAUGGUGUGGACACAACUCAAACCAAACAACCUGUCCUGUGACCUGCCUGAGGAGCGGUACAGACAUGAAAUUGCUCAUGAUGGGCAGAGGAUUUACAUCUUGGGAGGAGGGACUUCCUGGACAGCCUAUUCCUUAAACAAGAUCCAUGCAUACAACCUUGAAACAAAUGUAUGGGAGGAGAUCGCAACAAAACCUCAUGAAAAAAUAGGCUUUCCUGCAGCCCGAAGAUGUCACAGCUGUGUUCAAAUAAAAAAUGAUGUUUUCAUUUGUGGGGGCUAUAAUGGAGAAGUGAUCCUGGGAGACAUCUGGAAGCUGAAUCUGCAGACUUUUCAGUGGGUGAAGCUCCCUGCUACCAUGCCAGAGCCUGUUUACUUUCACUGUGCAGCUGUUACCCCCGCUGGUUGCAUGUACAUUCACGGAGGAGUGGUGAACAUCCACGAAAACAAACGGACUGGGUCAUUGUUUAAGAUCUGGCUGGUGGUACCUAGCUUGCUGGAACUGGCAUGGGAGAAGCUGCUCGCGGCCUUCCCCAACCUAGCAAACCUCUCCCGAACACAGCUUCUGCACCUUGGACUAACACAGGACCUCAUCGAACGCUUGAAAUGAGGAUUCUGGACUGUUCAUUGAUACUGGAAAUGUUAAUUUAAAGAGACUCCUUUAUUUAUGGGCAGUGUAGAGUGUGCUACAAAGAGAAUCGGUUACCCUGAUCAAGGCCUUAUUCAGAAAAUACAUCAGAUGCCUUUUUCGUGAAUGGGUUUAAGUUUAUGGACAUCUCACUCUCUCCUGUGCUAUUUUCUUUGCUUCCCUCCCUCCUGCCCCAGUCUGCACCCCAUAUAUGCUUUCCCUCUUUCCUGAUGGAGCUGAGGGAGUGUCUGAAAGUACUUUAAUGAUGUUAGGAAUCACGAGAGAUAAAUUGUUUUUGUUGUUGUUGUUGUUUUUCUAUUUGUUAUUUUAAAGAAAUUCUAAACAUAUUGACCAUGUCAGCUAAUACCACCUAUAAAGCAUUGUCAUCAACAAACACCAAAUUUAAAAAGCCAGCAACAAGUGGUCUGGGAGAUAGAUCAGGAAGACUGACCUGGGUAAUCUUGCAGGCUGUUCUUAAAUUUGGAUGUUGAGUUAGUGUUUCUGAGCUGUGUCUGAGUGGCUGGGCUCAGAUAGCAGUGGUUGACUUGGUGCAAAGAUACCUAACCUUGACAAAGGAGAGAGUUCAGCAACGUUUGAUUAGUGAGCCCCUCAACCUGUUGAUGCCCCGUGGUUAGCAUUGGCCUGCUGAGACUUAGCGUUGUGUGUCAGCGUCACAUUGUUGGUGUCUUUCAAAUUAAAUGUAUGGCGUCAAGUUCUUUCUAGGCAUUGUGAACUUCCCCUGCGCUUAUUAAUGGCUUUAACUAUGUCUUUAACCUCUCCAUGGGGAACUGUAGAUUCUAAGUGCGUGGUGUAAAUGUCAAAGGACAGUAGAGUAGAGCAUAGCACCUGCACCCUUCAGACUUUUAGCUUAGCUUCUGCUUGGGGCGAUGGCCUUUGACUAUCAGAGCAGCCGUUUCCUUUUUAAUCUCUGGACCACGUUCUUGCAUUUUCUCAAGCAGUUGGUUCCAGAUUCCCUCCUGAGCUUCUUACCCCCUUUGCUGUCUGCUUCUGUGUACACGGUGCUGUAAUUGCCUAGUAAUUAGAUAAAAUGUCCUAGGGAAGAGGCACAGCUUAUCCUCCUCAAGAAGAAGCAAGUGUCAGGAGGAAGGAGUGAGACAGGAUCAUUCGCCUUUUUUGUGAGAGGUUUUAGUUCUGGUCUGUUUUGUUUGGAAGAAAAGUGACCUAAGUUUUCACUGUUUUGUCUUCAGACUGCUAGAAGAGUUGAGGGAGUUGCUUGUGUAAGCCUGUGGGUAUCCAUAGGUGUGGUCAGAGUACUGGAGGCCUGCAGGAGGGCGAGCCAGACCCUCCUGCAGGCCCGUUAUGGAGGAGACAUGUGCAGGAGAUUUGGAACACUAUUUUUCCUUUAAGUGCCUCUUUUUCACCUAGCUUUAACAUUGUUCUUUUUCUUUUUGCCCAGAAGAGAUCUCUUCAGUUUGUGUGGAUUUAAAGUCCCCUUUGAGUUACAGUUGAAAAGUUCCUGCCCAGUAUGCAGUCCUCGGGAGGUCUUUUGACCUCUCCUCACAGCAGGCCCUUCUGCUCCAUCUGUGUGGGCUCAGUGGAGCCUUUGCUCGCACCCAGGGAAGCACUUAACUGUGAGUUUGGGUCAUUCCUGAGGAGUGAGGAGAUGGAGCUGCUCUUCUGGGGUCCCAUCCCCCAAAUCUCGCCAUUUCCUGUUGGUGUGGCUUUGACUUCUUACCAUCAGAGGAGCCCUCUCCAGAGUAAGUCAGCCUGAGCCACUUUGUGAGUUCAAAACUUUGUGACUCCAGGCCAGGUCUACAUCCCAAACUAAUAAGCCAUGUUUUCCAGGGUGACAGAUGGAUUUUUGUCAUUGGUUUAUAUAGGGACCAAAGACUGUUCAGCCUCUGUGCUUUGACUGCCAUGGUCCUUGGAAUACAAGAAGGCCUCUGGUUUCUGUUACACCAAAAAGUUGUAAAGAGAGGACUGAGUCAAGCCACACUUGCUGGCAUCCUUUUUAAGCCUUUUGAAGGCACUCUUCUUUGAGGUAGAUGUUGGAGGCCUGGAAUCAAUGACCAUAUGUGUCUUUGAAGUCCACGUUUGGUCUGAGAGUCUUUGAAUAGAACACUAGUGACAUGGUGCAGGAGCAGCUGCGAAAUCUCCUGUGCACGUGCUCUGGGUGCCAAUGACUGCAGGUGAGGACUAGGAAGGUGACUGGUUCCCUGGGGUCGCCAGCACUUGGACCCCUGGAGCGGGAAAGGUGAUGGCGCCUGCUGCUCCUCUGCCUCUUUAAGGUAGGCCCUGCCAUCUUCCUGUGCCCUGGAAAUGGAAGUGCAAUAUGUAGACACGUGUGCUCUGGACGGAUUAUGUAGAAGCAAUGACUGCAGAGCAGCUUCACUGCCGUUCGUACUGUCUUGUCAAAGUAUGCCAAGGAUUUUCAGUGUGAUCGUAAGCCAACGUUUGGUAAAGCUGGAUUUUUUUUUUCAAGUCCAUGUUUUCCUAUUCUAGUUCAUAAAAAAUUGCUGUUCCUUAGUGUGUUAGAGUUGAGAUUUUUUUUCCCCAUUCCUGUUUGUACUAUCUUCUAUUUGCACGUCUUGCCCAGGAAUGAGGAAGUCCAGUUGAAAGUGUUGUCCAAGUGGAGAAUAAAAACCUAAUAUUAAUACAGUUCUCCUACAUGUACACUAAUUUAUCUGGGAAUGUAAUACCUUAUUAAAUGAUGCUUCCAUCACUAUAAGGUAUUUUCCACUUCACAGAAAAACUGCAAACCAGUAUAUAAUAGACUGAAGCUCUACCUGCUUUUCAGGGCAAACCAAACCCUUUUCUCUGGCAGGGAUCUUCUUUCAGGGCCUACUGACUUGAUCGAAAAGCUUGCUUUAUAGCAUUCGUGUCCAGCACAGAGCUAGAUUUAAAAACUAUAUAUAUAAAGUGAAAAUAUUAACAUUUCUAGAUUAAAAGUAAGAGACAGUGACCUUUGGUUCUCCACCGUAGCACAAUGAAAACACAGACAGUUGAAAUCCACAGAUAAUCAGUGUUUCAACUUUUCUGUUAAAUGAUUUCUUUACUUACCUUCCCUUUCUAGUCCUCUCCCACAAACAUCUCCUUUCAAGGGAUUAGUGGUUAGUGAAGAAGAGAAGCUCAGAGAGGGCCUGGAGGCCGCCAGCAGGCCAAUGCGGAGGUGUUGGCCGCUGCUGAGAAGCUGCAGGGUCGCUGAGCUGAGGUGGUGCCCUGAGCACCUCUGCUGCUGCUGCUGCUGAGUUCUCUGCUGCCCCUGGCCAGAGAACUCUUAGUUCCUGCGGGGAGAAAAGGCCACGGUGUCUCGCAGAAACGGGAAACCCCAUUAUCUGAACACAUUUCUUUGGCUUUUGACAAAGCUUGCUCUUCUGAUUCUUCCUUUGGAGUCACCUUCUCUAGUCUGAUAGGCUGGUGUGCGGGAAGGACGCACUGUCCUCGUGGACUGUGUUGGUUUGGUCACCUCUAAAACCAGGUUGGUGUUCUGUGGUCUUAGUGACACUUACACUCUGAUGGAGCACAAAAAGCCACUUUCCUUUUGUUCUUCCUUGUGUUCUGGUGUUGGGCUUCAGGGUGAAUGAGGGUUUAUUGUUAUAGCCAUGCAUUUCAGUGACUGGUUAGCAUAGGUGUAAAUUCCAUUGGUCCCCAGGUACCUUAGAACUCUGGAAGCAUAGGCAGGGCCUGAAGUGGGCUCGGUGGGGUUCUGGAACCUCCAUGCGCAGUCUCCCUUCUGAGUCUGUGAGAUUUGGAAGAAAACAAAUCUCCCCCUGUCUAGUGUCCUCAACAGAAGUUCUGAGUUGUGCUUCAAAGGUAGUGCCAUCUUCUUGGUGUUCUUCCCGGGUUGUUAAUUUUUUUAACUUUUGAGAAGUUUUCUGAAGGCCCCGCUUAGUCUGCACAGGGUGAGUCAGAGGCAGUUUUCAGAGACAAGGCCACUUUCACUAGCUAGUAGUAAUUGCUGUUGUACUGGUUCCACGUCGGGAAUAGAAGGAGGCAGCAGAGAGCACACUGACUGGAGGAGUCUGUAGGGAGAGUGCAGGCAUCUCCCUGAAGAGACUGGAGGACAGGCUAGAAAGGAAGGAAGGCCUCUCUUUGGAGCUGCUCUGAGGCUGGGCCAGGCUUGGCUCAUCCGUCCUGCAGGUUGCGCGGCUGUACACAGUGCUUGCCUUACUUUAAAGCUAUUGCCACAGUCCUGUUAAAUAGUGUGGAUGUCCUUUUGCAGUCUGGUGUGCAUGCCAUGUGAUCAGGACAGCUUUUCCACCUCCCCCGGUUUCCUACAAGCAAGUAAAUCUACCCUGAAAUGUCCAGUCUGUACUUACGUACCUUGUCAGUGUUCGCUGUUGGUUUUCUAAAACAAUCUGAUCAAUAAAUCUCUAAACAUACUUGGUCCAAGUC